AUGUGGGAGGUCACAGGGGAACGUCAGAGGGGACGGGAGAGGGCAGAAGGAACGGCAGAGAGGGUCUGGGAGGUUAGAGGGGGACAACAAUGGGAGUGUGGGAGGUCAGUGGGGGACAGCAGAGGGGGCGUGGGAGGUCAGAGGCAGACAGCACAGGGGGUGUGGGAGGUCAGAGGCAGACAGCAGAGGGGGUGUGGGAGGUCAGAGGGGGACAGCAGAGGGGGUGUGGGAGGUAAGAGGGGGACAGCAGAGGGGGCGUGGGAGGUCAGAGGGGCAGCAGGAGCGUGGGAGGUCAGAGGGGGCAACAGAAGGGGCGUGGGAGGUCAGAGGGGGCAGCAGAAGGGGCGUGGGAGGUCAGAGGAGGCAGCAGAAGGGGCGUGGGAGGUCAGAGAGGGACAGCAGAGGGGGCAUGGGAGGUCAGAGAGGGACAGCAGAGGGGUCGUGGGUGGUCAGAUGGGGACAGCAGAGGGGGAAGAUGUGUGA